AGAGAGAGAAAUUAGUUACAGUUAGGAGACCCCCUCCUGGGUUGAUGCCGCUUUAUUCUAAGAUGUCACUCUCCAACCCCUCCCCCGACUCUCAUGCAACGGCCCUCUCUCUCUCUCUCUCUCUCUCUCUCUCUCUCUCUCUCUCUCUCUCUCUCUCUCCCCAUUAACCUGCACCUCACAAACAAAACACAAAUUCAGACACCAAUUUUUCUCUUUUGAGCAAGCCUGAUUUUUGCUCCAGAAAUGCAACUUCCUGGGCUGCAAACCACACAAAAUGGACAAAAUCUAAGUGCACAAAGAGCUGAAUUUGUGAGUCUCUAGAUGGAAUGCCACCACAAAUCUGUCUGAUAGGUGUAUUUGAGGUGAUUAUAUUGAUGUGGGAUUUCAAUCAGCUAUAUAUUUUGUCUAAAUUAUAAUGGGGUGAAAAAUGAAAAUUGAAAAGGAAAUCCUUGUUUCUGUGUAUAAAUGUGUUGGGUUUUCAAAUGGUAUUUGAAGACUGGUAGAUUGUAGGCAGAAAUUGUACAUUAUCAAACCCCUUGGGCGUUCUUGUGACAGUUUUUUCUCAGUUGUUUGUGAGAGUGGCCAUUUCUUGUAUAUGCAAUUGAAGAAGCCAAUUACGGAAAUAUUGUGUUGAAUUUGGAUAUAGUAUGACCUUUGUUCCACUUAUUCUUUGUUUAUAUUUGGAGAAGCAAUUGCACACCUAUUGUCAGAUUUUAUGGUCACCCACAAAAAAGGCUCAUAAGGCCAGACAAAAGGUUCUUGGUGGAUUGACAUCAUGACAAGUGAAGUUCAGGGUAAUUCAGGCCGACAGUUCAAUAAUGAUUCGGCCAAGGUUGUGCCAAUCGAUGAAUUUUACAAAGGCAAAGACGUACACAACAUAUGUAUACAGACUGGGGAGGAAUUUUCGCCAGAGUUUCUCAGAGAUCGCAUUUCACCGCGAAGAGUACCCCUCAUUAAUGAGACGGAACAGCGGCAGGCGAGGAGAGUAGGGUUUAACUAUGAUCAGAACAAUCAACUUGUCUAUGAGGAUCUUACUGGUCUUCUUGGGAUAAGAAGAAGAGAUUCUGUGGAUGUUUCAGCAGAAGUAGAGCAAAAGGCUUAUGCUGGUAUGGUAAGCAGAUACCACAGGAAUUACAUAGCCAAUGACCAGCAAGCGGGUAAUUUUUUUAAUGAAGUUAGUUGUGAUCGAGCGGCUACCGGGCCACUGGGGUCUCCCUUUUAUACAUCAGACUCGCCUCAGUCCUAUCACCCACUUGGUUCUGGAGUUUCGGAUGGUUCUUUAUCUGGAAAAAUGAAAUUCCUCUGUAGCUUUGGAGGGAGAAUUUUACCAAGGCCAAAUGAUGGGAAACUUAGAUAUGUUGGAGGAGAGACACGUAUCAUAUCCAUAAGGAAAAACCUUACCUAUAGAGAACUAGUGAAAAAAACUUCUGUAAUUUGCAAUCAAGCCCAUACGAUUAAGUACCAGCUUCCAGGUGAGGAUCUUGAUGCGCUUAUAUCCGUAUCAUCGGAUGAGGACCUUCAUCACAUGAUAGAGGAGUAUCAUGAUUUGGAAAGAAGCUCUCAAAGGUUACGAAUAUUUCUCGUUUCAUCUUCUAGUGAAGCCGAAAGCCCAGUUUCCUUAGAGUCAAGGAGCGUGCAACAAAAUGAUGUUGAUUAUCAAUAUGUUGUUGCGGUUAAUGGAAUGCUUGAUCCGAGUCCCAAAAGGAGCUCUAGUGGGCAUAGUUUGUCAAGUCAAGCAAGUCAUUGGGGUUCCAAGGACUAUAGUCCAACUUUUCAAAGGGACUCCCCUACUUCCGUUCAACCUUUGGAGAUUAGGGAAGGAAGCGGCUCCCCAAACUUGAGACUCAUGCUUUCAAACCCUGCCACUCAAUUUUUUACCACAACCAAAUCAUUCAGUCAGUCUCCUCCUUUAUCUCCCAUGCCAAUUCACUCUAGGGAUCCUAAGAAUACCCAUAUGCAGAUGUACGAGGAUCGUGCAUUCGGUGAUGGGCAUUUCUAUAAUCAACCUCAAGUAACUCUGCAAGUGUUGAAUUACCAAAAUGCUCAUAACAAACAUUUGGUAGAACCCAACAAGACUCGUGACAUGCGGUUUCUUAAUCGUAAUCCUUGCAAAGAUUGUGUUGUUUCUUCUCCACUAUAUGGUCAAAGUGAUACAGACUUUGGUAGGCCUAAUGAUAGGGGAUUGCAGGGUGAAAAGUUCAUCUCUUCUCCUGAUGAUACAAUGCGGCUGUUUCCUGAAUCUGAUGUUCCAAUUCGGACUUAUAAUAGAAUGCCUCAUUCUCUCUCUGAUCCACAAUUACUACGGGAAGGGAAUUCCAACUAUGAUGUGGAGAAAAACGUAGACCUCCCAUGGUAUGGCCAGAAUUUCGAAAUGGAAAAAUCUCCUUCCUUGGCAAUGUCAAGUUUGUCACAAGAAUGGCAACAGCAAGAGAUGAUUGCUGAGAAAUCAGUUGAAAAUACAAGUAUGCCCAUUUGCAAGUCAGGGGACCACAGCAGGGAAUUUACUGAAUGGGAGCAAGACACGAUGAAUAGUAUGGGAAAGAAAGGCGAUCCUUCAGGUGGGGAUGGGAAACAUUAUGGUGGAAAUGGAAAUCCAAUGCAGAAUCGCAAUGCUAUGGAACAUCAAAUGAAUAAUUCGCCCACGAACUCAAUUCAUCCACAAGAGUAUGUCCCUGAGGGAAGAAGUUCUGAUUCCAAAGCCACUGCACUGGAAGAUUUCACUAACAGUAUGAGAGAGCUUGUUAAUGAAUACCACUUAAACCCAUCUGCACCUGAGUUCCUUGUCAAGAGCCAAAAGGCUAGUGAGACGAUAAGCAGCGAAACAGUUUCUGAUGCAUCUCCUGGAGAAGAGCCUAUUCUUGGUAGCCCUUUAAAUCUGAGAGGUUUUUCGUGGGAGAAUGACUGUCUUGGCCUUGAGGAGGACCCUGGGAAAUAUCUUAAUGGAAGCUAUGAAGAAAUGGUAGGAUUACGAGGGCAAUCUUUUGUGGCCUCAAGGAUUGGAGAGAACUCAGAUAACCUUUUUGAGGUAUCUGAAUCAGCUGUCAUUGUUGAAGAUGUAACUGGCGUUUUACCUCCUGAUGUCCCUUCAUCUUCAACAAUUGUGCCUCAUGUAGAUGAUGAUCCCAGCGACGAGAAUUCAUCACCCAGAGAAACAGAUACUGAGAGUUUCGCUCCAGAAUCCGACUACGAGGAUGUAAAAGGUGGUGCCAGUGAUAAAGACGAAUCGUUCAGUGAUGCUGCAAUAGCUGAAAUGGAAGCCGGCCUCUAUGGUUUGCAGAUCAUAAGGAAUGAUGAUCUUGAAGAGCUACGAGAGUUAGGAUCUGGUACGUUUGGAACAGUUUAUCACGGAAAGUGGAGGGGAACAGAUGUUGCGAUCAAAAGAAUCAAAAAGAGCUGUUUUGCUGGAAAAUCAUCUGAACAAGAGCGGUUGAUAAAAGACUUCUGGAGAGAGGCUCAAAUCCUGUCAAAGCUUCACCAUCCGAAUGUAGUGGCAUUCUAUGGGGUUGUUCCAGACGGGCCAGGGGGUACAUUGGCAACUUUAACUGAAUUCAUGGCCAAUGGAUCACUACGACAUGUCCUCUUAAAGAAGGAUCGAAAAGCGCUUGAUUGGCGUAAAAAGCUUAUAAUUGCAAUGGAUGCAGCUUUUGGCAUGGAGUACUUGCAUCUGAAAAAUAUUGUUCAUUUUGACUUGAAAUGUGACAAUUUGCUUGUGAAUUUGGGAGAUCCGCAUCGACCAGUAUGCAAGGUGGGAGAUUUUGGAUUAUCGAGAAUUAAACGCAAUACGCUUGUUUCUGGUGGUGUACGGGGAACACUUCCAUGGAUGGCACCAGAGCUACUUAAUGGCAGCAGCAGUCGGGUUUCUGAGAAGGUUGAUGUGUUCUCAUUUGGCAUCACAAUGUGGGAGAUCUUGACUGGGGAGGAGCCCUACGCAAACAUGCAUUGUGGUGCUAUCAUAGGUGGAAUCGUGAGCAACACAUUGAGGCCUCCCGUGCCCGAUCGUUGCAAUGCCGAGUGGAGAACGUUGAUGAAAGAUUGCUGGUCGCCUGAUCCCGCAGCCAGGCCAUCGUUCACCGAGAUAGCCGACAGGCUUCGAGUUAUGUCCAUCGCAGUCCAACCAAAGCGAUAUAAUCAGGCAAAGAGAUGAGAUUAUCCAACCCCCCCAUAAGUCGAUAGGAGAAAAAAGGAAGAAAAAACUACGCAACUUAUCGUCUUUUUUGCGGUUGAACUUUGUAAAUUAGAGUCCAUAGCGGCAAUUCUUGCAGGGUUGAUAUGUGCAUGUAUGAGGGAAAUUCACCAUGUUUUUUGACCUCCUCUCAGUGUAUUUAUCUGCUCAUCCAUUGUCCAGGCAUUGUUCAUAGAAUUCAAUUGUGAUGUUUGUCACUAAUGGGAGUCUUAAGAGAAGUCCUAUAAGUUUUCAUCCUGAGAAUGAUUUGUAAAUUAUAACAAUGAGUAACAUAAGCAAGAGUCAUCUUAUUAUGAGUCUCCAAAAAAAUAA